GAUGCUCUCGUGCUUUGAUCAUGCAGCCGGUGACUCUCUCGGUGCUCUUCUUACUGCAGCUCGUGUGUGUGUCGCGCGCGCAGUUCCCGCGACCAUGCGCGACCGCCGAGGCGCUCCAGACUAAAACGUGCUGUCCCGUGUGGCCCGGUGAUGGCUCCGUGUGCGGCGUGAGCUCCGGCCGAGGCUUCUGCCAAGACGUGUCGGUGCCCGAUCUGCCGAAUGGACCUCAGUUCCCGCACAGCGACGUAGACGACCGCGAACGGUGGCCGCUCGUUUUUUACAACCGCACGUGCCAAUGCGCGGGCAACUUCAUGGGAUACAACUGCGGCGAGUGCAAAUUCGGCUACUUCGGUGCCAACUGCGCGGAAAGGCGCGAGAGCGUUCGGCGGAACAUCUUCCAGUUGUCAGUGACGGACCGGCAGCGCUUCAUUUCGUACCUCAACUUGGCCAAAAACACCAUCAGCCCCGACUACGUGAUCGUGACCGGCACGCGCGCGCAGAUGAUCGACAGCGCGAAUCCGAUGUUCGCCGACAUCAGUGUGUACGACCUGUUCGUGUGGAUGCACUACUACGUGUCGCGCGACGCGCUCCUCGGCGGUCCCGGCAACGUGUGGUCAGACGUUGACUUUGCGCACGAGGCUGCCGCCUUCCUGCCGUGGCACCGCGUCUUCCUGCUCUUCUGGGAGCACGAGAUCCGCAAACUCACCGGUGACUUCAACUUCACCAUCCCGUACUGGGACUGGAGGGACGCGAGCGACUGCCAGGUGUGCACGGACGAGCUGAUGGGCGCGCGCAGCCCGCUGGACCCGAACCUCAUCAGCCCCGCCUCGGUCUUCUCCUCCUGGAAGGUGAUCUGCACUCAUCCAGAGGAGUACAACGCACGUGAGGUGCUGUGUGACGGUGCGCCAGAGGGUCCACUGCUCCGAAACCCUGGCAACCAUGACCCUAGCCGCGUUCCCCGGCUGCCUAGCAACACAGAUGUGGAGUUCGUCCUCUCGCUCACACAGUACGAGAGUGAGACGCUCGACAGGCGUGCCAACAUGAGCUUCAGGAACGUGCUGGAAGGUUUUGCGAGUCCAGAGACAGGUAUGGCAGUGUCAGGUCAGAGCACGAUGCACAACGCACUACACAUCUUCAUGAACGGCUCAAUGUCAUCAGUGCCCGCAUCAGCCAAUGACCCAAUAUUCCUUCUGCACCAUGCUUUUAUAGACAGCAUCUUUGAGCGAUGGCUACGCCUUCACCGCCCUCCGCGCAGCAUCUACCCAGAAUCCAAUGCUCCAGUCGGCCAUAAUGGAGCCUACAACAUGGUGCCAUUUAUCCCUCUGUACAGAAACAUGGACUACUUCAUCUCCACAAAAGACCUGGGAUACGAGUACACAUACCUACUGGAUCCGACUCAGCGGCUUCUGCAGGAGUUUAUCACUCCUUAUUGGGAGCAUGUGCAGCAGAUUUGGCCCUGGCUGCUCGGGGCCGCAGUGUUCGGAGCCCUGUUUGCCGCGGUCAUCGCUGCGAUCAUCAGAAGGGUUGUGAAGGAGACACGUGGCCGGAGGAACAGGAAGAAUGGAUACGGAGAGAAACAACCACUACUGAAUAGCAGCGAGGAGGAGGACACCGCCUCGUAUCAGACCACACUCUGAACACACACACACACAUCAUUAGAAUAAAAACAUCAUGAUCUAUAUAUCUAUACAUUUAUAUAUAUAUACACACUGUACUUGUACUGUAUGAACACACAUGAACAUUUACACACACACACACACACACACACACAUCAUGGUACACAUACUGAAGUACUGUAUGAACACACACAACCAUUCACACAGACACACACACACACGGAUAACUCAACACACAUGAAAAAACACACAACACACACAUAUAACCAACAGACACACAUGGAAAAGUGAACACACACAAACACAUAUUUGGAUAACUCAACACCACACACACACACACAUGACUCAACACUCACACAUGGACAACUGAACAUACUCACAGACAAAAAAUAAAACACACACACACACACAACUCAACACUCACACAUGGAAAAGUGAUACAAUAUUCACAGACACAAAAAGUGAAAUAAGUGAAAACACACACACACACACACAGAUGAAUAAAUGAACACACAAAAACUAAACACACACACAUGGAUAAAUGAACACACAGAUGAAUAAAUGAACACAAAAAAACUAAACACACACACAUGGAUAAAUGAACACACAAAAACUAAACACAUACACACACAGAUGAAUAAAUGAACACACAAAAACUAAACACACACAGAUGAAUAAAUGAACACACAAAAACUAAACAAAUGAACACACAAAAACUAAACACACACAGAUGAAUAAAUGAACACACAAAAACACACACAACACUCACAUCUGGAAAGGUGACACAAUAUUCAGACACAAAAAGUAAAAUAACUGAAAACACACAAAGUCAGAUGAACACACACAAAUAAGUAAACACAACACACACUGUCAGACCCAAAGACUGCACUGUACAUGAAUCUAAAUGCUUAUUAUGUGAAUAAAAUAAACAUGUUCUUUGUUAAUAAAACACCAAAACUGUUUAUAUACUGAUUAAAUAAAAUGCUCAUAAAAUUCACACACUGCAGUUCUGUAUCCACACACACACACACACACACACACACAACAAAUGUGGAUAAAUAUCCAUAUAAUAUAGCAUUACAAUGUCAUUAUGCAAAAUCAGCAAUAUCUCACACAGUAU